GACUGCGAACUGACAGUUGCUAACGCAUCCCAGUCCCAGUCUGCGAAUAACGUAUACGUAAAUAAGGUCACGAUGUUUUGGGGACUCAGCUCGGCGUUGGACUUGUACGAUGAGUAUCUGAAGGCAUUCAAGAUCAAGGAUGAGCCGCUGGCCGAGGCAGGCGAGAAAGGUGCCGGCGGAGAUGACGGUCUAAGUACCCUGAACAUCCUCAUUUGCGGCGGUGCUGAUCCCCGCCAUGUGAUCAAGACCCUGGCCAAGAGAUACGCCCAUGGUGUCCAGCCCAAGCUCAACAUAUACGUGCUGGAUGGCUGUGCCGAGAUCAUAGCCAGGAAUAUGCUGCUGCUGGGCAUAGCCCUGGAGGAUCCAGAGUCCUUUAGCUUGGUGUCCAAGGCACAUCUAUUCAUGGACCUUUACGGUAACGCGGUGAUCCGUCCCACUUCCCACCAUUACAUGGCCGCCAAGGGACGCACGCUGCUCCAGAUCGUCACCGAUAAUGAUAAGCUGCAGCGCCUGGCCCCCAUGUUGAAUAUCGAUGGCCUCAAGUACAAGGAGCGCGAUGGCUUGGAGAUGGCAUUCAGCUUCUGGCAGCCGCAGCCGUGGUAUGUGUAUGAAGUGACCAACUACUGGGAGCAGAGAUCCAGGGCUCUGCUGGGCUCCCGGUACGACCAUCGGAACGGGGCCUUUGACUGGGACCUGAGCAUGACCCUUAAGAGUCGCGGUGGCGAGCAGAUCUGCUCCCAGGAGUACCGCUACUGGCGCGAGUCCGGCGUGGCCUUCGUCUUUCCGGAGUACGAGCAGUGUAAGCCAAACAAGACGCUGGCUGCCGGACUCGUGCGCAAUGGGCACACCUUGCUGCACCGUGGCUAUGUGGGCGACAUCCAGACAGGGCCUUUCUGUGGCUUCGGACUGCGCAGCUCGGAGGAGCGCAUGCAUAACUCAGUGCAUGGGGAAAACGAUUACAGGGCCACCGAUGUAACCGAGCGGAAUCUCAUGGAGCUCUUCCACGAGCUUCAGACGCAGACGCCCUACGAGCACGAUCCCACGCGCUCUCGUCGCUAUGGAUCGGUUCAGCUGCUGAUGACGCCGUUGCUUACCCACCAGGAGGCGGAUGCAGACAGGCAGACCACCUACGACCGCCCCUGGAUCCCGAUGCCCGGAAUAACCGUGCACUAUGUGUCGCCCACAGAAAUAGUGAAGCUGCAGCAGGGCGCUGUUCGCUGGAAUAACAUGUUCGAUAUCGUCUAUGUGGCCUACAACUACUUCACGUUCCUGAGUCAGGAUUUCUUUAAGGCUCUGCGCACGCAGGCUCUUAUGGUGUUGGAAACCAAGCUUCUCACCGUAGAGCGCAGGGAGCAAGUGCAGGAGUACGAGACCAAGGCCAAGGAAAUGAUGAGGCAGGCUGGUCUGAAGGCGUCCAUCAACUACCAGGCCAUCAAUGCCAAGAACAUGGUGCUCAAAUACAAAAAGACUGACAAGGAGGAUGUGGAUGAUGCAGCCGAAGACGAGGCUCAGGAUGAGCCAGAACCUGAGCCCCCAAUUGAGUACGAAGUAGAGGGUCUUACGCUUAACGAGAUUAUGGCUGACAUUGAGCCAGAAGCUGCAGAAGAAAUCCACAACGUAAAUGCCGCAGAGAUACUCCAAGCUGAGGAAGAUAAAAAGCCAGAAUCUAAUCAAGAGCACAAAGAAUCCGAAGAUGUUGGAGAACCUACAACAGAUCCCGAAGUGCCGCUCCAGGAAAAGGAAGACUCCUGCUCCACCUCCUCCUCUCAUUAGGCAAAUAAAAUAUAGCUCAAAUACUAUAUGCAAUAAUAACGUG